UUGAAAUACAAUGUAAUGCAGGGUCUUAUUUGUCAAGACAAAUGUGCGUUUGUCCUCCAGUGGGCAGUGGAACUGUUGAGAAGAGUCGAGAAAGCCACCGAGGAAGCACUUGCCUUCCACGGCACUACCACCACCAGUACGCGCCAGCUUCUCGGUUCUCGUCUAGGAGCAACAACAAUGGCCAUCACUUCUCUGCAGCUGCCCUCUCAGAUCCGCGGCCAUACUCCUGCUAGAAAUGGCCGCGCCCGCACAAGGUCACGGGCUACUCCGCUUAGCUGCAAACACAACCAGUCAACCAUUGUCCAAGUAGCCAGCAGGACAUCUCGUAGAAGUACCCUGGCAUACAUUUCGUCUGCCUUCUUUGCAAUGUUCCUGGUGGCUGAACAUGCAGAAGCUAGAACCUCGAGACAAGAGAACAAGAGGAAAGUAAUGGAGAAGCUGGAGAAGGUCCGGGAGGAGGCCCUGGGCUCAAAGGAGAAGAAAGAGGACACGAGCAAGGAGUCUGUGGCGAACUUGUUGAUGCCUCCUACUUUGGUCGAUGCUUACAUCUGAAAAGGCAUCGUGUCGUUGUAAAUUUAUGUUUAUGCUAAGUGCUACUUAACACUAUUCUGAAUGUACUAAUAACAAUUGGAACCAAGCAACCUUGCAAAAGAA